AAUUGAUGAUUAAUAUUUAAACAAACAAACAAACAAACAGAAAAAAAAAUCAUUAAAAAGACACUGAUGUAGCCACCACGUUGAAUUUAUAAUUCAAUACAUGUGUUUCAGUUGAUUUGGUUGGCAAUUUCUAUAUAUGAUGAUGAUGAUGAUGAUAAUGAAUUUUGUUUUCCAAAGAUGAAAAUAUGAUUUUGUUUUUUUUUUUUUUCUUUGUUGGUUUUCUAAAUUCAAAACAUCCACCUACACAAAUCCAGAAAACAUAAUGAAAUGUAAACAAUCUAGCUAGUUGUGUAGCGACUGUGUUUUUGUGUGUUUGUUCAAAUCAAUACAGCAGUGAUUUUUUUUCAAAAAAAAAAAAAAAAAAAAAAUUUCAUUGUGCAUCGUCUGUGUGAUGUAUAUUCGAUUGAUAUGAAAUGAUCAAAUGAAAAAAAAACGACGAUUGUCCGAUUAAAAUCGAUUGAAUUGACGGCAAUAAUAAUGUCUGAACAAAAUUCUCAAAAUAAUUCUGAUGAUGAUGAUCAUCAUCAAAAUUGUUGCCGUUGUCAAGAUGAAAUCAAUGGUCGUCAAUUAAAUGAUAAUGAUACAAUAUCCAGUAUUCCAACAACAACAAAUGUCAACACAACUAAUUCAGCAAAUAAUGAAUCUAUCAUAAAUGUGAUGAUGGAUUUGAAUAUAGCAAAUCAUCGACAACAACAACAAGAACAAGGAUUCAUGCUGUCGUCAUCCAAUCAAAUACAAAUCAAUAUUUGUAUCGCUGAUGAUGAAAAUAAUAACAAAAUUCAAUCAUCAUCAUCAUCACCAUCAUCGUUUAUAUCGAAUAAUAAUGAAAAUAUUGGUGAUAGUUGUCUUAGUAAUGAUGAUCGAAAAGAGAAUGAAACCGUUUCUAUAGCCAAAAUCAAAAAUGAUGAUUUGAAUGACAUCGAUAUUGUUGGACAAAAUAAACAGCAACAACAAGAAAUUCAAUUAUAUUUUCCUGUUGAUAUUAAUAAUGAAAAUAACCAACAACAACAAUUUGUUAUUGUUGAUGAUCGAUUUGAAAAUAUCAAUGACAAUUAUUCGACAUCAACAAAAGCAGUAACAAAAUUUUUGUCAAAAAAAGAGGAAAAGAAAAGAUUAAAACAUCUUGAAAGACAGCAAAGAAAACGAAUGAUGAAUCGAUAUCAACAGCUACAACGGCGAAUAUAUUGGAAUUAUAUGCCGAUCGAUAUUUUAGAAGAAAUUUUUCAAUUAUUAUCGAUCAAAGAAAGACAUUUAGCAUCACAAGUAUGUCCACAUUGGUUUGAAUGUUUUUAUUCACCAACAAUAUGGACAACAUUGAUUGUGACGGAUAAAUCAUUUACUAAACGUAAAUUUAAUUAUUAUCUAGGAUAUCAACGAAUGAUCGAUUCAUUUAAAACACAAGCAUUUCUUUGGAAAUUCGGUACAAAUAUUCGUCGUUUGAUAAUAAAACCGAUGAAUAAUUUUUUUAAUCUAUAUGAAUUUAUGAAAAUUUUAUCACAAUUUGCUGAACACUAUCAACCGAAUCGUUUAAGGAAUUUAAAUUGUUUUGAUUUUACAUUCGGUUGUAGGCCAAUUCAUCAAUCAAUUAAUGGUGAUAAUAAUAAUAAUAAUGAUCAACUACAACAACAACAUCAUCAUCGUCGUCAUCAUCGUUUAUCAACAGGUGAUAUACGAAAUGAUGAUACAGAAGUGAUUGGUACUGGUGGUAAAUUAUUGGAAGCAUUGAAAGAAUUAAUGUACCAUCUUGUUGGAUUAAAAUAUUUAGCAUUACGUGAUCUAUUAUUGUGUCCAGAUGAAGCACGUUAUCUAUUGGACAAUGUGGCCAUAAAUUGUCAUGAACAAUUGCGUACAUUAACAUUGAUUAAUUGUUGUAAAAAUUCGUAUGCAUUUUUACAUGUUGGAAUAUUUCUAAAUCUUGAUACGUUGGUUAUUUCAUGUCAACAUCUUGAUGAAGAUGUAUUAAUUCUAUUGGCAUUGAAUCGAUCAUUGAAUCAUUUAUAUAUUGUACAAACUGAAUUAACACGAUCACAAGGACCAUUAUCAUUUGGUUUGUGGAAAAAAUUUUCAAAAAUUAAUCACCACAUACAAAUACAUUUGGUUAUGGUGAAUCGAACGACAAGUCGUUGUUGUCAGAAUCCAUUGACAUAUGAAUUAUCAUUACAACCAACACGUAUUACAUCCAUCAUAUAUGAUGCACCAAUCAUAAGGCCAAGCUGUACUAGGCUCAUUGAAAUUGGACAAUUGUAUGGCCAAAGUUUGGAAUGUUUGGCAUUUUAUCAUAUACCAAAAUAUACUAUACAUCGAUCAUAUAUGGAUCGUGUGGAUACAUUUCUGAUUUAUAUCAGUGAAAAUUGUUCAAGAUUACGAACAAUAAUCAUCAAUGAUUUAAUAUCGACGGCCACAUUAUUAUUGAUUGUUACAUAUGCAAGAAAUUUAACAACACUUUAUAUACGUCGUAAUGCUAUACGUAAACGUUUUGAUUGUUUAAUCAAUCCAUCAUGGCGUGAACAUUUUGUACAAUGGUUACGGCAAACAUCACGUUCAUAUGAGCAAACAUUUUCAGAAAUUUCACGAAUGUUAGGCUACAGAUGGAUACCAUUGACUGAUGAUCAAUUCAAACGAUUAAGGCCUAAUGUUUGCCUUUGA